AUGGCGUUGCCCCGGGGACCGCUUCCCCUGGCCCUGCUGCUGCUCUGCUGGGGGCCCUGCGUGGCAGGGGCCCAAGGGACCUUCCCCCUGCAGACCCUGCGCUGCCAUAACGACUACACCAGCCACAUCGUCUGCAGGUGGGCGGACACCCAGGAUGCCCAGCGGCUGGUCAACGUGACCCUCCACCGCAGGCUGAACAGGGGCCUUCCACAGCCAGUGUCCUGCAGUCUCAGUGAUGACAUGCCCUGGUUCGAUGGCCAUUGUCCCGGCUGUGUGCCCAGAAUAUGUGUCAUUCCCUACAAAGUUUUUGUCAUUGCUGACCAUGACUUCUUCUCAUUCCGACCAGACCAGCCUCUGGGUGCCCAGCUCACCGUUACUCUGAGUCAGCAUGUGCAGCCCCCCGCACCCAGGGACCUCAACAUCAGUGCUGCUGGGGACGGUUUCCUGCUGUCCUGGAGUGUGGCCCAUGGGGGUUCCCAGAGCCACUGGCUGUCCAGCCUGGAGUUUGAGGUGGUCUACAGGCGGCUUCAGGACUCCUGGGAGGACGCCCCCACCAUCUACUCCAGCGCCUCCUGGGCCAUGCUGGGGGCAGAGGACCUCAUGCCCAGCAGCACCUAUGUGGCCCGAGUGCGCACCAGGCUGGCCCCGGGCUCGGGGCUCUCGGGACGGCCCAGCCAGUGGAGCACAGAGGUUCGCUGGGCUUCCCCGCCAGGGAAUGAGUCCCAGCCCCAGAACCUCCAGUGCUUCUUUGACGGGGCUACCCUGCUCCGCUGCUCCUGGGAAGUGAGGUCCGAGGUGACCAGCUCCGUCUCCUUCACCCUGUUCUACAAGUCCGGCCCCAGUGCAAGGGAGGAAGAAUGUUCCCCAGUGCAGACCGAGGAGACCAGCAGCCCUUACGUCCGGCACUGCUGCCAGAUUCCCGUGCCUGACCCCAGGAACCACAGCCAGUACAUCGUCUCUGUUCGACCAAAAGAGGAAGAGAAACUUAUAAAGAGCUCAGAUAACAUCCAGAUGGCUUCUCCAACCCUCAACGUGACCAAGGGCAGAGACGGCUACAUCCUGCACUGGAAAGAAGAAAAAAUGAACUAUGAACACAUAGCUUGCAUCUUCCAGGUCCAGUACAAGAAAGAAGCAACCUCAUGGGAGGAGACCAAGACAGAGGACUUCCAGAACGCCCACAGCAUGUGCCUGCCAACUCUGGAGACUGCCACCAGGUACCAGGCCAGAGUGAGAGUCAAACCUGACCCCCGAGGCUACAACGGGAUCUGGAGCGAGUGGAGUGAGGAGAGCUCCUGGGACACUGAGUGGGUGCUGCCCAUGUGGGUCCUGGUGCUCACCCUGGUCAUCAGCACCUUGAUCCUGCUCGUGUCCCUGCGCUUCUGUGGCGUCUACGGGUACAGGCUGAACCAGAAGUGGGAGGAGAAAAUCCCCAACCCCAGCAAGAGCCACCUGUUCCAGAAUGGGCGCGCUGGGCUCUGGCUCCCACAGGGCACGCGCGUCGUCGGCAGCGGGAGCCACGCACACAGGGGGCUCUGGGGCAGCAGCUUCGCUCAGCCGGAGGGGGCAUCCCCUGUAGACUUCGGGCACAGUGAGGUGUCACCUCUCACCACAGAGGACCCUAAAGAUGCCUGUGACUCAUCAUCUGAGCCUGAUGUGACUCUGGUCACCUCAGACCUUUGCACGGAGCAGCCGCCCAGGCCCCCGCCAGAGCUGGCCACCCCCGCAAGCAGGCCUGAGAGCCAGGCUUCCGGCUUUGAUUUCAAUGGCCCCUACCUGGGGCCGCUUGACAGCCGCUCCCUGCCGGACAUCGUGGGCCAGCAGGGGUCCCUACGGACAGGCAUGAGCAGGAAGCCGCAGCCCCCAGGGUCCCUGGAGUACCUGUGUCUGCCCACAGCGGGGCAGGUGCAGCUGGUCCCACUGGCCCAGGUGAUGGGGCCGGGCAAAGCCAGGGAUGCGGACCUGAGGUCCAGCCCAGGCACCGAGGGGAGCCCUUCCCUGGAGUCAGGGGCAGGCCCUGUCCCUCCUGAGCCUGGAGUGAUGGUGGGUGAUCAAGGCCCAAAGGACAGGGCCCCCCCAGGUCUGCCCACUGGCUCCCGGGGUCCUGAGGAAGGCACUGUGGCCACUGGUUACGUCACCACUGCAGAGCUGGCAUUCACCCCACCCACAGGGGCCCCAUCUCCUUCCCAGGCUCCCCCUCUGAGCCUCCCCUCAGACCGGAACCCCAGCCUCUGCCCUGGACUGGCUGAUGGUCCCCCUGGAUCCCUAGCCCCACUGAAGCCAGAGUUCGAAGGCUAUGUGGAUCUCCCUCCAACCACAGGCCAGUUUCCCCAGUCCCCUCUGGCCAGCCCUGCCCCGCCUGCAGCCAGCAGUCCUGUCCUGGGCCCAGGGCUGCCCCGGGCAGAUGUGUUCUCAGUCUCCCCAACCCCUGAGGGGCUCCUCGUGCUGCAGCAGGUGGGUGACUACUGUUUCCUCCCUGGCCCAGUGUCUGGCCCUCUGUCACCCCAGAGUAAGCCCACCUCCCCAGGACCCUGUCCUGAGAUCAAGGACCUCAACCAGGUGUUCCAGGCCAAGAAGCCCCCAUCUCAGGCCAUUCCCCAGGUGCCGGCCAUUCAGCUCUUCAAAGCCCUGAAGCAGCAGGAUUACUUGUCACUGCCCCCUUGGGAUGUCAGCAGGCCUGGGGAGGUGCGCUGA